AUGUCAGUCAAUGUUUUUGGUCCCCAAGACAAAGCUGUCGAGGAUGAUGCUGCCGACAAAUUGGGGAACGUCUCCGCCUUCCUUCAACAUCCGAGAGAACUCAGCCGGGAAGUUGUCUACUCCAAUCCCCAGUGGUUGGCGCUUCCUGGCCGUGACCGAAAUAUGAACCAUCUUAUUGGAACCUAUAUCAACGACGAUCCUUUGUGGGCUGUCAGAGCAAGAAUUGCUAAUGAAGUUAACGAUAUCCUGGAUUCAUUGGACGAGGUGCCUCUUGAUCCGGCACUCCCGUUCGACCCUCCUUCAGGUUUAAAAUCCACGCUGAAGAGGCACCAGGUACAGGCCGUCAUCUUCAUCCUCAAACGAGAACCUGGAAAUCGAUUUUCUCAAGCUUCAAAUGCUAGUGUCAAUACCUCCAUCCGCUCAGGAAUUUCUCAAAAAAACCACGGUGGGCUCAUUGCCGACGUGAUGGGCAUGGGCAAGUCACUUAUAAUACUCACAACGAUCCUGUGCACUAUAGGGGAUGCUCGCAACUUUCCCCAUUUCCCUUUCCAGUCGCAAAACGUCGCUGAAGCAGACCGAAAAACACCAACACAAGCUACUCUGAUUGUUGUACCCUCAGCACAGCUCAUGCACAACUGGGCAGCAGAGAUAGCGAGUCACAUGCCUGGAGCCCUCAAUCUCAUCCUGUUUCAUGGUCAAGGUCGACAUAAAAACCCCGAGUCGCUGGCGUCAACUGAUGUAGUUCUUACUACGUACAGAACGCUUGCUGCUGAUCAUAGAAAGGCUCGCUUGCUUCAGAAAAUGGACUGGUAUAGAGUUGUUCUGGACGAAGCACACUGGAUUCGGAAUCCAUCCUCUCAGCAAUUCCGAGCGGCGACCAGUCUGAGCACGAAUCGCCGAUGGUGCCUAACGGGUACUCCCAUACAGAACAAGCUCGAUGAUCUGGCGUCUCUCGCCCACUUUCUUCGAGUCCCGCCGUAUCCUGACAAAACCAUGUUUCGGAGAUAUGUGCUUGUACCCCUUGAGAAGGGAGAUCAAAAAUGUACUAAUCCCUUACGGUUUUAUCUUCGCCAACAUUGUCUUCGCCGCACCAACAAGUGUCUUAACCUCCCCAACUUAUCCGAGAAAAUCCUCUAUCUGCAACUCUCAAUAGAGGAGCAGGAGGCAUAUGACAAGAUUCUGAGCACCGCGAAACAUGCACUGGAUAACAUUGUCAGUAGCGCCGACAAGACCAAGCAGGUCAAAAAGGAGAAAGUCAUCGUAGUCUUCAGAACUCUUACAAGCUUACGUAGGCUGUACGACCUCGGAACGUUACCACCUAUACAAUCUUUGCCGGGCGACCCAUGGCAGCCAACCGAGGAUGCCGACAUGCUGUGUAAACUUUGUUCAUCGCAAGAUGCGGAUGAAUCUCUGUUGUUAAAGGAUCAUCAAUUUUGUCCCGAGUGCUCGCGACCACUUCGCUCCCAGAUAUCAGCAAGCAACACUGGCUAUCUCACGCCAGCCAGUUUGCCAGGGACUGUUAGCGAUCGUGCAAUGAGCCCCCUCAUUCUGUCCAUGGACAAUGGCCACUCCACAAAGCUCUUGAAGAUCAGAGACAACACAUCAACCCUCCACUAUCUCGCCCAGCUCAUACAGCAAGCUGGAAUUCCUCACGCACAGAUCGACGGACGAACCAAUAACGCAGAGCGUCUGAGACAUAUCAAGGCUUUUCAGGAAGACUCUCAGGUCCCUGUCCUCCUCAUAUCAAUUGGCACAGGGGCUAUCGGCCUCACCCUCACGGCAGCAAGCCACGUCCACAUCAUCGAACCGCAGUGGAACCCCUCGGUCGAGGAACAAGCCAUCGGCCGAGCGCGACGCAUAGGUCAAACGAAAGAGGUUGUAGUGACGAGGUACAUCAUGACGGGGACUGUUGAGCGGAGCAUACUCUCCCUUCAACAAAGGAAGAAGAACAUUGCCCGCUUCACCUUUGGUACGGCCAGCAGUGAUGCGGUGAACGAGAGACUGGAUGACUUCAAGUUCAUUUUGGAUGCCAACCUUUCGUGA